GAAGCAAGUAGAGAAGAGAGAAGCAAGAGCUACCCAUGGCUACAAGAUCAGGAAGUGGUGAGAGCAUAGAAAUGAAAGGAGAGAGGAUUCAGAGGGCUUUUGGUGAGGCUUUUAAGGCCCACAAGUCACCAGAGAAGCCUUUCAAUCAUGAAGAUUUCAGCAGAUUCAACCCUCCAGAAGUUAUCAUCAGCUUUCCAGCAUCAGGUGCCGUUAAGGAUUGGUAUUCUCAAAGGAACUUUGGGGAAACCAAAAUAAAUCUUGGCCUAUUUCCCUCUAUCAAAAGCAUUGGUAAUGAUGAGGCUGCUCUUGUGAAUAAAGCCUUUCUUAAAAGAUUUGAAGACAUUUUGGCCAAAUCAACACUUGCAGAUAAGGUAGAGAAAGCAAUGACUAAACAGGAGCAAAUAGUGUUUGCAGGACACUCCUCUGGUGCUCCAAUUGCCAUUCUAGCAACCCUUUGGGUCUUGGAAAAGUACCAACGUCUAAAAUCACGCAGGGGUAUCCCUCCCAUUUGCAUAACUUUUGGUUCUCCCUUAGUUGGCAAUCACAUAUUUUCACAUGCCACAAGGAGAGAAAAUUGGUCUCACUACUUCUUGCAUUAUGUGAUGAGAUAUGACAUAGUCCCACGAAUCCUCCUUUCUCCUCUCUCUUCCCUUGACCAAAGAUUUGAACCUGUUUCACAAUCCUUCAAUCCCAAAUCCAAAUCUUUCAUGAGUGAAUCAAUUGGAAGAGCCACAUCAGCUUCAGAUUUCCACUUUGCCAUAAUGUCAAAUGUUGCAACUGUCACAAGCCAUGCCGCUUGUAAAUUAAUGGGAAGCACAGAUACCACAUUGGAAACUUUUGCAAAUUUUAUUCCUUUAAGUCCUUAUAGACCCUUUGGGACUUACGUUUUCUGCACAGGAAAUGGAAAGUUAGGGAAGCAAAUUGUAAUAAAAAACCCAGAUGCAGUUCUUCAGCUUCUGUUUUUCUCUGCUCAAUUAAGCUCUGAAGCAGAAGCUGCUCAAGUUCCCUAUAGAAGCCUAAGGGAACAUUCGAUUUAUGGCACCGAACUGCAACAGACCUCGCAUAAUGUUGUGCACUUGGAUGAUAAACUCAAGAAGCUUCUUUCGUCUGAUGAUGCUCCACGUGCCUUAAAUGACCUUGACCUGAGCCCAAAAGCAGGACUGUGCCUUUGGGCAGCAGCAGAAUUAGAGGUAAGGAGAUUGGACAAUGAGGAUAAAAUCAAGCAGAAGAAAAAUUUUGUUGAGGAAAAACUGAAGGACCUUGAAAAAUACAGAGAAAUGUGGGAACAUCUAAAAGUGGGUUACUACGAUGGCUUCAGGGAGCAUAAGAAAACUGAGGACUUCAAAGCAAAUGUGAUGAGGCUAGAGCUGGCUGGUGUGUGGGAUGAGAUAAUUGAAAAACUAAGAAGUUAUGAACUCUCACAUGAAUUUGAAGGCAAUAGAGAAUGGUUUGAUCUUGGAACAAGGUUUCGGCAACUAGUGGAGCCUCUAGAUAUUGCUAAUUAUUAUCGCCAUUUAAGGCAUUACGAGAAUGAGUCUUCUUCUUACAUGGUUAAGGGAAGGCCAAAACGAUAUAGGUACACUCAAAGAUGGUUAGAACAUGCCCAACUAAGGCCACAAGAGCCUAACUCGGCAUCUUGCUUUUGGGCUGAGGUGGAGGAUCUUCGCUUCAUGAUGAGUAACAACAACAAGUCUUUUGAAGAGGUUAAGGAAAGAGUUGUGAAACUAGAGGGUCAGAUUGAAACAUGGAGUGAAGAUGGUGAACUUGCUAAGGAUGCCUUGUUGGAGGGUUCUACUUUGGUUAAGUGGUUGAAAACUCUUCCUCCACAACACAAGCGAGAAUCGUGCAUUAGAAAUCUUAUUAAAGAGUGACUCAGAGACAUACAUUCAUUCGAGAUCUACUUUUGUGAGUCCCUUGUUUUGAAUGAGCUUUUUCAUUUUUCAUUUUUCACUUUUUUUAUGCUUCUUUGGUUUGGUUUUGUAAUAAAGAUGUUGGUUUUCUGUUUGUUCUCUGUCCUUGAAUAAUCGAUGAUGGAUACAAAUAUACACGAAUAAAUUAUGUUCAUUUU